AUGAAUCGCUCUGGUACAGGCUACAAAUUGCGAAAGCACAUCGCAAAGGUGUUGCAGACUCGCUCUGCAGCCAUUCACACAGCUCUCAACCAGUAUAAUACAGCAGCGCUUGCGCUCACUCCACCUUGUCGAACUCUUAAAUGGGAUAAGGUAAUUGAAUACACAUUCCUGGCCAACUUUGACCUACUGCAAGACACUCAGGAAGACAUGUCAGAGCGUCCAUGGGCGACACCAGCUGCUCGACAAGCAAUGGACCUGUACUUCAAGAUGUGUCGUGCCAAGGAGGAGAUACUUCACGUCAACGUCGAGAUUUGA